AAAGCGAUGUGCGACACUGUAGUAACGUCAAACGUUGUCGCCCCCCCUGCCAUGCGUACUGUGGUUGUUGUUGUUGAACUGGUUGUUAUGGCUGGACGAGGCCUCGGACUAAAUUGAGAGAGGAUCCCCCGCCGCCCGUCUCCGCAACGGGACACCUGCCAUCCAUGGAGGGCAUGGACAUGGACGUAGACGCGGAGCUCAUGCAGAAGUUCAGCUGCAUGGGCACCACGGACAAGGACGUCCUCAUCUCCGAGUUUCAGAGGCUGCUGGGCUUCCAGCUGAACCCGGCUGGCUGCGCCUUCUUCCUGGACAUGACCAACUGGAACCUGCAGGCUGCUAUCGGUGCAUAUUAUGACUUUGAAAGUCCCAAUGUCAACACGCCAUCCAUGUCCUUUGUCGAAGAUGUGACAAUUGGGGAAGGAGAGUCUGUUCCUCCAGAUACACAGUUCACAAAGACUUGGAGAAUACAAAACACAGGUGCUGAGUCAUGGCCACCAGGGGUUUGUCUCAAGUACAUUGGCGGCGACCAGUUUGGGCAUGUGAACAUGGUCAUGGUGAAGUCACUAGACCCCCAGGAAAUCUCAGAUGUGAGCGUGCAGAUGCGCAGUCCCACAGCACCGGGCAUGUACCAGGGCCAGUGGAGAAUGUGCACAGCCACCGGAUUAUUUUAUGGAGAUGUGAUCUGGGUGAUUCUUAGUGUGGAAGUAGGGGGUCUCCUCGGCGUCACCCAGCAGCUGUCCUCCUUUGAGACAGAGUUCAACACCCAGCCGCACCGCAAAGUGCAGGGAGACUUCAACCCCUUUGCCUCGCCACAGAAGAACAAGCACGACGCCACUGACAACAGCUUCAAAGACCCUGGUGGAGCCUGGGAAGGCACGCAAGAGCCAAUCCAGCAAGAUCAAAAUGGACUGUCUCACAAUGCUGUAAAUAGGGCGUCAAAUGGUCUCCAAACCAAUCUGUCAGUGAUGACUUACGGUCAGGGUAUUCAUGGACCCUAUCCCUUUGGACAGAGCUAGAACGACAAAGACCCCCAUGGUGGAUGAUGAUCUGAACACCCUGGGAGUCCGUGAAUGCAAGAGAGUCAGAGGGGGGGAGGAACAGUUGUUUUAUAUUGACUCUUGACAACCCUCUCCCCAGCCCAUGGCCCUAUCCACAGAAACACAAACAACAGUGAGGACAUGGAUUACAUCCACUAUGGUGAAACGUCCCACCUAACAUCAACACCUGGAUCCGCAUGUGUGAAUGCUUCAUUUAAGAGUGCUAUAAAAAACCUAAAAAAAACAAAAAACAAAUUAAAAAAUUAGAUACACAGCUAUUUUUUAUUUCCGCUGUCAAACACACCUAAUUUAAAGGGAAAAUCGACCCUAAACAAUUUCCCUACAGUUGGUUAUUCCCAUGGACAGUUGGACAGUGCAGUACUUGUGAUGCAUGAACAACUCUCUCCAGGGUUCCUACACAGGACAAGGAUGGAAAAAAAAAGAACACCAGAAAAUGAAACAACAUCAAGGCCUUAAAGUUUUGGAAUUGGACAAGAAGACUAGAAAAUAAGGGGGAAAAAUGUUCAGUCUUGACUUUGGUGCGAUACACUUUGGAUUACACACUACACAAGUAUAGUAUAGCUAUAUGGCCUUAACAAACCAAUAUCAGCACGCAUCAUACAGAACGCUGGCCAGAUUUUUCAAAUUCAUUCAAAAAAUUCAGAUAAACCAGGCAAAGUCAUUGAACUUUUGCACAGAACAUGAGGAGGAUCACUGUGUAGGAACCCUUUUUUUCUCCCAAAGAUUAAAAAAAAAAAUCCAGAGAACCAAGACACUAAUCUGUGAUGUCAUCAAGCCAAACUUUCUGGACGUGCCCAUUUGAGA